CAUUUAUUUUUAAAUUUUACUCAAGAGGAUGUGCUAAAUGUAUUAAUAAAAAACUAAAAGCAAAAAAAUGUUGUAGAAGAUUCAAUUUAAAAACACAUGUUUCCAAUUUUGAUUUUAUUUUUCCAAUAUUUAAAUCUCUUAAUUGCUUCAAUUGUAAAGUUCCAACCUUUCCAAAAUGAAGCAAAACAUUUGUUUGGAUUUGACGAACCAGGUCACAAACAUUGCAUGGUUUUUCGAUUCCAAUUUGUGGAUUUUGUUAAUGAGAGCGUUAAACUUUUCGGUAUUUGUUCUGAACGUAAUGCAGUAGAAAAGGAUUCACAGUUUCAAGCAAGUUGGCGCAAAGGGAUACAACGUAAAACCCUCAAGUUUAUUUUUCGCGAAAAAGCACUUCCACUCUUUUCACGCUCCAACACCGUUUCAUCUUCUGCCGCCUCCAGAACGCUUUAUUCCCUCCACGAAUUAAGAUGGGAAUUGAGUAUGGUAGAAUAUAAAAUUCGUUGGAAUGGGUCUUCUAGAAACAAUAGUACCUUAUUUACUAGUGGGAAGAAUACUUCUUCAAUUAAUGUCCCUUUAAAUCAGAAAUUUGUUUGUAGAGACGGUAGAAUAUUUUUAAAAUAA